AUGCUUUUCAGGCUGGAGUGAGAUAUAACUUCAGAAUUUAUGGACUGUCUACAAAGCAUGAAGCUGAUUUACUAGAGAAAAAAACAGGAUAUACUCGGGAGUUGGCACUUGAUUGCAAACCAGAGAUGAUUGUGAACAACUUGGCUUCUACUUCAUUGACCUUGACAUGGAAGGAUAAUUGCACUGAUAAGCCCCAGAAUGGCUUCUUUAAAGGGUAUCAUAUUUAUGUGAAACCUGAAGCAGGAUCCUGUGACCUAGAUACAGAAAAGGAAGUUUUUUCAGAUAAUUUAGAAAGCUGUAAAUACACCGUAACAGAUAUAAAACAGAAGACUUUUAAUGUGAUGAAACUGCAGCCAAAUUCAACAUAUACCUUUGAAGUCAAAGCAUUCACAGGUGGUGGAGACAGUCCUGGCCACAUUAUAAGGGUCUCAACAGUAGCUGUUGAAAACAGUGAGUUGGAAAAAUCAAAAUCCCAAUAA